AUGACAGAGAUUCGGAACCACUCAGCUCUUCUUGUAAUUGACAUGCAGAAAGAUUUUGUAGAUGAAGAGAGUCCUGUAAGAACAAAAGGAGGGAAAGAUAUUGUCCCAAAUGUGAUUAAGGCUGUGGAAGUUGCAAGAAAGCGUGGAAUUCUCAUUGUUUGGGUAGUACGGGAACACGAUCCCUUAGGAAGAGAUGUUGAACUCUUUCGCCGACAUCAUUAUACAGUAGGGAAAGUUGGUCCUUCCUGUAUAGGAAGCAAAGGUGCAGAGUUAGUUGAUGGACUGAUCAUUAGAGAGGGAGAUUAUAAACUUGUCAAGACAAGGUUUAGUGCAUUCUUUUCUACACAUCUUCACUCAGUCCUUCAAGGAGCAGGAAUCAAUAGUCUCGUGAUCACAGGUGUUCAAACUCCAAACUGUAUAAGGCAAACUGUGUUUGAUGCUGUAGCAUUGGACUAUCAACAUGUGACUGUUCUUGUUGACGCUACUGCAGCAGCCACACCUGAUAUUCAUCUUGCCAAUGUGUUUGACAUGAAAAAUAUUGGAGUUGCAACACCAACAUUACAAGAAUGGAGCGAGUCCAAAGCUUGA